AUGCCUCCUAAGAAGUGGGACGAAGAAGACAGCGAUGAUAGCUCUUCCUCCGGCUCUCCUGCCGUUGGUGCUGCCGCCGUUGCCGCCCGCCGCAAGUUUGACGAUGAAGAGGAUGAUGGAGAUGUUCUAGACUCGUGGGAUGCCGACGACUCCGAUGCCGAACGUGAGAAGGAGCGCAAGGCCGAGGAGGCUAAGAAGAAGGCCGCCGCUGCCGCUGCUGCUGCCAAGAAGCCCAAGGGUCAGCGAAUCGCUGAGCAUCAAGCUGAACGUGCUCAGCAAAAGGCUGAAGCCGACAACUACGAGGAAUACGAGGAGACCGAGUCCGAAAAGCGUGAGCGACUUCGACGUACUGAGCAAGAGGCCGAUCUUGCUCAUGCUGCCGAUAUGUUCGGAGAUAUUGGAAUCAGCGCCGGCCGUGCCAAGUCUCGUCCUGCUACCGUUGUUGUCGAUGCCAACGACCCUACCAGGACUGUCGACAUCUCAAAGCUGCCCCUGUUCCAGCCCAAGACCAAGGCUCAAUUCGAGACCCUCCGCACCAGCAUCACCCCCCUCAUCUCGGCCAACGCAAAGAACCCCCACUACUCCCUAUUCCUCCAGGACUUCACCAAGGCCCUUGCCAAGGAGAUGAACAGCGAACAGAUCAAGAAACUCGCCAGCACCAUGACAGCCCUGGGUAACGAGAAAAUGAGAGAGGAGAAGGCCGCCGACAAGAGCGGCAAGAAGACAAAGGCUGCCAAGACAAAGACUUCCCUCGUCGCUGGCCGUGCUAACGUCGCGGACACUACUACUUACGAUGACAACGACGACUUUGGAGAUGAUGACUUUAUGUGA